GAGCUGAUGUCUGGAUUAACUCGUCUGUAUGAAUUAGACGCCAGUAAUAAUGAGCUGGUUACUCUCUCAGACCAUACCUUCAUUGAUCAGAACAAGCUUGAAUUUUUGUCCCUGGCCAAGAAUCAAAUACAGCUGGUGUCCUCUCAUCUCUUUUCAGAGUUUAAUAGUUUGCGAUAUCUGGACUUUUCUUCCAACUUUAUAUUGGAAUUUCCGUCUGCAAUGAUGCGGAAACUACGGAAUCUGGACAGACUAAUCUUCCGGAAAAACAGUAUUCAGAGUUUAGAUCAGGAUUCUUUUAAGAGUAUGGUUAAACUUGAACUCAUUGAUCUUCAUGAUAACAGGAUAGAAGACAUUCAUGAUCUUGCUUUCCAGGACCUUGCAGGCCUCAAAUCCUUGGACUUGAGUUUAAAUGUGAUCAGUACUGUGGGAGCCUCUCUAGACCCUGCUAUUGGGCUUAUGAAGCUAAAUCUCAGUGAUAACUACAUAACUACCCUUCCGUUCCAGGCCUUUAGAUCCUUGGACCGGUUAUCCACCUUGGAUAUUUCAAACAAUACAAUAGUUGACAUAGGAGAAGCAUUUGUAAACAUGCCGGAACUCAAGUUUCUGGAUUUAAGCUACAACCAUCUACCUUCUAUUAAAUCAGGAGCAUUUAAAAACCUUCCUCGUCUCAUCUCACUUCAUCUAGAUCAUAACUCAGUUAUCAGGAUUGAACCGAACUCCUUCCAAGAUCUAUGGGACCUGGAACGUAUUUAUCUAUCGAAAAAUGGAAUAUCUACUAUAUUAACCGAUACUUUUAGGAACCUGCCUAGCCUGGAGAAACUGUACCUUGAUGAUAACCUGAUCAAGGAACUGGAUGAGAAAUCAUUCCUAAACCUUCUCUCUUUAAAGGAACUACGGCUAGAAUAUAAUCUUAUUAAAACCAUCAAUGAGCGUGCCUUCUAUAGAAUACCCUCUAUUAGGAACCUGAACCUGAGUUACAACCUGCUCCAGGAUCUAUCCCGCUACGGGUUCUAUGGUCUGGAGACCCUGGAGACAAUUGAUCUAAGCUUUAAUGAUAUCAGGAUUAUUGAUGACCGUACGUUUGAGAAUCUGAAAUGGUUGGUUCAUCUUCGGCUUAAUGAUAAUAAUAUCUGUCAAAUUGCUGGAACAGCUUUCAAGGAUACUAGCUCUCUCAGACGCCUGGAUUUAAACAACAACAGAAUAUUUAAACUGAAGGAGAACGCAUUCACUUCUAUCCAGAGGAGUGUUGAAGCACUUGAUGUAUCAGGAAACCCUUUGAACUGUGACUGUGAAACCAAAUGGCUGCGUAACCUUGUAACAGACCGCGGAUAUUACGGAAAAGCUGAACCAAGAUGCUAUUUCCCAAAAGCACUAAGCGGUAGUCCACUUAGAGAGCUGAGGUCCUCUAGGUUUACCUGUGAUAGUGGCAGUAGUCCUCUAUUAUUGGAUGCAUGUAACUCUCUGCCCUUGAAAACACCAGCACAAUUACAUGCAGCAUCUUUACCACCAACAGGUGUACCGGAGAACCUGGCGACCUUUGAAAUAGAGUUUGGUUCGGAGACCUCUACUCCCGAAGGAGAAGGAGAGAUUUCAACGCCUAGUUCAGAUACUGAUACUGAUCUACCUACAACCAAACCGUUAGUAGAUCAACAAGAUAAUAUCAUAGAAUUAGUAAAUAAUGUUGUUGAUGCCGAACUGGACAGAUCAACGACAGCCACGAGUGCCGAGGAUUCUAAUUCUACAAAUUCAGGAGAUGUAGACUACGCGUAUGAGUAUGUUUACUAUUAUUAUGACGAGGAUGGUAAGAAUGGAACUGUAGUUGAUACUAAAUCUGCCAGUUCUCUCAUCAAACUUAACAAUAUCUCAGUGGUUGAACUACCAGUAGUUGCUCCAGUUAGUUCAGGAAUCGGAGAUACUCCAACUAUCUAUGCUGGAUCCGAUAUUGGAGAUGAGAAGCAGGAUGAUGAGGAUAAACCUGAGGAUGAGAAAGGAUUAUCUAUAUUUGGUAUUCCUAUUCCAUCCCUUCCUAUUUCUCUCAGCUUUGGUUUAGCUCCAGCUAUUUCACAGUUUAUGGCAAACGGUGGACUCCUACCCUUAGGUCGGAAGGGUGAAGCUAGUGGAACGGAAAAGAAAGAUACUCUGGGGAAUAUCAAGAUGGCCUUGAACACGAUAAAAGAUCUGACCCGAGGACCUGAUAAUCAGGAUCCAGUUUGGAUCGACACUAUGAAGAACAUAGAUUUUAAGAAGGUUGCUGCGAUGUUUCCAGAUGCUCUCAGCCCGAAACAAGAAGAGAUAUAUCUUGAUGAGAAAGAUUUAGGAAGGCUCGGAGGAGGUUUUGGAUUCCGUCCAGGUGAGGGAGGACAGUAUGGAUAUGCUACCCCGGGGAAUCCAAUAAUCCCGCUAUCAGGGGAGUACAUGGAGACACCGAGGAGCUCAGGCUACUUCCCAAACCAAAGUGGGGAGCUAGGAUACUUCCCAGCGGAGGAGACCGUUCCUUUGAUAAAAUUUGAUCAUCCCAUACAUCCGAUUCUUCUUCCUCCCUCCUCCCCUGUCCUUCCUCCCUCAAGGAACUAUAACACAAACUUUGGAGAUGAUGGCAAGGGUGGUUUCCAACCUAUGUUUAUCCCCAACACACGAGAUCAGUCCAAGCUCCAGGUUCAAGGUGGACAGUCUCUCCGUGAGUAUGCGGAGAUACUUAGGAACAGACCGACUAGACCUGCGUUUCCGGAGAUAGAUGCAACCAUCAGAUAUGAGAACCUUGAAACCGAGACAAGAAAACCUUCGCUAGAUUUUACAGAUACCACGGAAACAUCCGGAUCGAACCUGAACGCUGUAGAUUUAAAUCAGUUCUAUGAAGAUUACCCAGAUUUCAAGGAACCAUCAAUAUUCAGGAGAUCAACAGAGGCUCCGGUCAUCACCCUCGGGACCCUUGAUGAAUACUAUGAUGAUACUGAGACUACUGUUGCGUAUGAUCCUCGGAAAUCUCAAGAAAAAGUGGGAAAUAUCGCUUCUGGGAUAGUCUAUCCAAAACAACAGGAACAUCCUGUAAAAGAUGAGAAUAGUCUGGAGAUAUAUGAGGUUCAGACCAAGGAACCAAUAAACCUUACUCCAGGUAGUACUGAGAACAGUGCUGUAAAUAUAGAUGUAACCCACAAAGGAACUCCUAAAGAAGAAGCUGAAACGACGACCUCUAGUUCCAGUACCGCUGCUCCCGAAUAUACUUAUGAGUAUGAGUAUGUUUACUACGAUGAACCGGUUGAAGAAAUUAUUAACUCAUUAGAUUCUCCUUCAACGUCAACCUCCGCCUCGACAGUCCCAACAGCAGCGACAGAGGCGGCUGGAACAGAUGCCACCAGCUCCCUGAUGUCCCUCCUGACCUACUUAAACUCGGAGAAGACAGGGGAGGAUCUAACAAGUAUCCGGAGCAGUAUCACGGAACCAACCAGCUCCGAUACUACCAAGAGACAGGGUCCGCUGCUCCCACAGAUGGAGUACACGCCCCCUACACCCUACCCACCCAUCAGGACUACGCCGGGAGGCGUGGACACCAGCUACUCACAGAAUAGGAGGAGUGACAUGCAGACGGAGGAACGGUACAGUAGAUCGUCUUCACCCUCCUCUCUGCAGUCGGACCGAGCCCGGUCCUCAUCUCCCAACCCGGAUCGCCAGGGUGGGCCUGCUGAUGUUUUAAACCAGGAGAACAGUGUGAACUGGUACUACAGUGAAUACAACAAUCAGAACUCUGAACCCUACAUAGGACCAGGGGGACCUGGAGAUAGAUCUACUAGAUCAGCAGUAGACUCAUAUCAUGAUCAGUUCUAUAUCUACCUUGUGCUUAUACCUAUACUCAGAGCUCUAGUCUAUAACCCUGCUCUUGUAGUAUAAACUAUAAUCUAUUAGCUGGAUAUAUGGCCUUCGCCUUUCCCCUCCCCCUUCCCCUUCCUAAACUCAAAUCUUAUGUUUUAGUUUUUUUUCCGACUCCCCAUUAAAAUACCCAUACUUAUUAACGCAUAAAUUUAGGGAAUUGUCAUUUUUGUUAGGGCAUGGUACAGAGGGGGGGACCUCAGCACCCCUGGAAAACCCCCUGAAAUCACUGGUCCAGGGAGGGGCUUAGCCCUAUAGCCUCCCCUGACAACGCCUCUGAUAACCGUAUAUAAUGAUGAUUGUUGUGAUGUAAGGGCAUACUAUUGAUCAGUGUCUGACAAAGACAAUAUUUGUCCACGCUUCGGCUUUUGGUUUAAAAUCAUAGAUGCAGCUGAAAGCUUUCUGUAAUUAACAAUUUACAUAUUAUGUUUUUAUGUUUUUGUUUUGUUAUUGUGUUAUUUAUAGUUAUUGUAGAAAAUAUAGUUUAUUAUUA